AUGGACAAAUUGCACGAGACUUUGCUAAACAUGGAAGACGGUUUGGGUUCGGAGCAUCCCGUCUGCUUAUCUCCCUGGGACUGGAAAAACAACGCCGCGGCUUUUGAGCUGAACCAGGUCUCGUCUCCCCACAGCUUAUCUCCAGCUCCUUCCUUCGAGUCCUACUCGCCGUCCCCUUGCCCGGUGGCGAUCGAGACCCCCUACCGCAGCGGCGGCAGCAGCGGCAGCAGCAGCAGCGGCAGCCUGGUGGGAUACAGCCUGGAGGACUUCCCCGCCGCCUACCUGCCGAGCCCCGGGCAGGCCCGGCUCCCCAAGGGCACCAAGGUUCGCAUGUCGGCCCAGCGCAGGAGGAAAGCCAGCGAGAGGGAGAAGCUGCGGAUGAGGGCCCUGGCAGAGGCUUUGCACACUCUGCGCAAUUACCUGCCUCCCGUCUACAGCCAGAGAGGCCAGCCUCUCACCAAAAUACAGACCCUGAAAUACACCAUCAAGUACAUCAGCGAACUGACGGAUCUCCUGAACAGCGUGCAGCGGGCAUAG